AUGACGACUCUCAGACCUUUUAGAUGCGAUGAUAUGUUUCGCUUUAGUAACGUGUAAGUAUCCUGAGGCGUUUUUUCCAAGUAUUGUCCCAAACAUAAGAAGCCUUUCUGCUUAAUGUCAGAGCAAUCUGAUGUAUUCUUACCCCGAUCGUGUCUAUUCCUUCCUACUAAGAUAUCCCUGGAUUUUUAUACUUAAUCAAUGUUUUUAUCUAGCUAGCCUUCUUAGAAGUUUUAAUUGGUUUUCGACAGUUAUGCUACGUGUGCGCCACUCUGGCCCCCUUUGCAAUACUGUGUUUAGGAGCUUUUUGCAGUAGACUUGCUCCACAUACCCAUUGAGCUUGAAGCCUUCAUAUGAUCUUCAUAUCACUAAUUAUCCUGACUUUUAAAACUCAUGUUGUUGCUUACAGUAAUAUAAGGUUUAGUAGGUAUGAUUCAGAUGAUUGAAAUCAGGAAAAUUAGACCAACGGAGUAUCACCCACCCAGUGUGCUUAUCUUUAAGAUAUUUCCUCUCUCUUUUUAGUUCUAGUUCCAAGCCAUGCUUUAUGUACCUAUCAUCGACCAACCCCUGGGGGGACCCUGAGCAGGGAGGGGACUUUGUAAAGGACCCCGUGAAAGUGCCUAAUUUCUUCUCCUUGAUGGAGGCACAGAGCAAUCAACGUUAAGAAAUUUCCCCUCCUUGAGGGGUGUCAUAUUGAACAACAUGAAACCACCGAAUACUUUUAAAAGAUGUCAGUUAUUAUAUUUACCCAGCCCACCUCAGGUGUGGAUCCACACCAUUUUCCACUUUUUUAUGGAAAUCAGUCAGAUUUUUCAUUAUAAGUUGUUUUUUGAUAAUAAAAACUUUCCAAGUUGAAAUUCUGAGAACUUUUUGGACUCGCCUUGCUUCAUAUCCACUACAAUAUGGAUGUUGACCUUGAUAGAAUGAUCAGCCGAUUUGCAUGGCUUUAUCCAAGGAGAAUGGAACUGGCCAAUAUCUUGUCUGAAUGACUUAGAAACCCAGGAAAGGGGACUUAAGGAAGUUAAAAUCCAAAACAUUUCCCAGGAAUAGAAACUUGCGCCCUCGGUGCUUGUUUAGGAAAUCGGUCAAUAUUAAAUUUUUAUCCUAGAUCUGCACCUGCCCCUGAUUAAUUCUUUACCCUUAAAUGGAUUUACAUAACAAUACCUAAGAUUAUGCCGUCUGCUGAGUCUGCAUAUGAUUCCACCACGAGGAGAAAGGUAAGUCCACUAUCUUCUAGAUGAGUGGUCUAUACAGGUGGUAUAUGCAGGUACAUACUAUAUCCUUGAUUUAAGAUUGACCUAAUUUCUUUAAAGCCCCUGGUUCCCUGUGGUGCAAACCUGUUGCAAACCUCCGUCAUUUAUCCCAUCUCCAGGGUAAAAUAAUCUUUCUAUUUCCCCUAUAAUUCCCUAUACAAUUUACCUGGAGUUGCCCCCUCCAGGGGAUGGUCAAUUAUAGGUGCAUUAUAAUACUACUCAUGGUAGCAAAAGGACUCAUAGAUCUGACAGACGAUGUUUAAUAUUUGCUAAUAGUCCAUGUCUUCUUUUAUGUUGUCUAUGAAAACUGUUGUUUUUGUUUUUCUUUCCAGGAACUUGGAUCCAUUGACAGAAACAGUAUCUUCAUAUUCUUUAAGGAUAUCACAUUCACAAACAUUAAAUAGAAAAUCAUGAUAGUUGUUUGCAAAUGUAUGGUCUUGGUUUUAUUGAAUAAGGAAUUUGAUAAACAGAUUCAGAAGCUGACAUUUCGACUACUCAUUAUUUUGUCAUAGUUUGUAUGUUGCAUGUACUAGCAGCUCUUACACAAGCCAUUCAAUAAAAUUUAGUGGUCAUUAUUAUAUCCUUAACAUUAGCAUAGUAUGGGUUAGCAUUUUAUCUCCAGUAUCUGGCACACUGGCCUGAAUAUUUCCAAGUGGUUGAAUCCCCAACUGGACAAAUUAUGGGUUACAGUAAGUGAUUCUUUUCUUAUUUCCUUGAUGAAUAUAUUGGUUUCUUGUUGCUUUUCACUUGUGAAGAUAUCUUGUUUUCGCAUGAAAGCUCACCUGUUAUUCCAUUGCAUUCAGGGAAACAAGGGUGGAGCAGUGGUGAUAGCACUCGCCUACCACCAAUGUGGCCCCGGUUCGAGUCCUGGCAUCGACGCCAUAUGUGGGUUGAGUUUGCUGUUGGUUCUCUCCUUUGCUCCAAGAGGUUUUUCUCUGGGUGCUCCAGUUUUCCCCUCAACUCAAAACCAACUUUUCUAGAUUCCAAUUUGACCAGGAUUCAGGUUGAUGAAAAACCACCUAGUGGAAGUGCUACCUCUAAAUUGUUAUAUAUUCAUUUAUAUGCAUUGUGUUAUUGCUAGUUAUGGGGAAAGCUGAAGGCAGUGUGCAGCAAGAGGAGUGGCAUGGGCAUGUUACUGCAGUAACUGUCGCCCCUGAAUACCGCAGACUGGGACUUGCAGCAAGACUGAUGUCAAACUUGGAGGAAAUCUCAGAGAAGUAUAUUAAGAUUAUAAUAGCCUCUGAAUAAACUUAAGUCUUGUUUGUUUUUCGAUUUGUGUUAAGCCUUUCUAUUAAGAAAUCGUCCUAAUAAUGAAGCAUGCACAAAUACGGUCCUAUUCACCGCCGCCUGGUUAGCCACCGCCGCCUGGUUAGCUCAGUUGGGAGAGCGCCGGUCUACUGAGCGGGAGGUCGCGGGUUCAAACCCCGGCUGGACCAACACUCAGGGUCUUUAAAUAACUGAGGAGAAAGUGCUGCCUUUGUAAUAAUAUCUGCAAACGGCUAGACUCUCUAGUCUUCUCGGACAAGGACGAUAAACCGUAGGCCCCGUCUCACAAGCCCUUGCACAUGUAUUAAAUCUGUGGGACGUUAAAGAACCCACACACUCUUCGUAAAGAGUAGGGCACGUAGUGCCCGGUGUAGUGGCCUAUCUCACUUUCACACUCAUGUAUGGGGGCAUCAUUACUCAUUCCUUCACUACUUGUAAACUGCACCUUAAGCAGUCUGGCAAAGUCCCCCAACCAGUGUUGUAAAUUAUCCCUGAAAAGCCCUGAGGGGAGUGGAUAAUAAGAUAUUUACAAUUUACAAUUCAAACUUCAGCUCUUUAAACAACUUUAAAACGUAACAUUUCUCACUCUUGAUAAUGAUGUUUGAAACACCCAAACGUUGAGUAAUGUUUUUAAGUUUCAUUUUUCUUGUUAAAUUCUUCAUCAAGCAACUGACCAUCAGAAAGUUUUUGUAGCAAAUAACGGAAUAAUGAGUGUAAAUAUACUGUUUGUCCUCUGUUUUAGGAAAGAGGCAUAUUUUGUUGACUUGUUUGUUCGAAUGAGCAAUAAUGUUGCUGUUGACAUGUAUAAGCAGCUUGGUUAUGUCAUUUAUCGCCGAGUACUGGAAUACUACUCUGGUGAUCCUGAUGAGGAUGCCUACGGUGAGAGCCUUUAAACCUUGUACUGUUGAGGGUCAGGACAGUCAUGGUCACACUUUAGGAUUUCAUCCAGACUCAAAAUUUAAAGCCACCUUGUACAGCAUAAUAAACAGUACCACAGGAAAGUACUGCUCAGUAGCUUUCAUUUGAAUAGUCACACUUUAGGAUUUCUUCAACAGACUCAAAAGUUAGAACCAGCUUGAAAACACUAGAGAUCGCUGCUCAUAAACAGUACCACAUGAAAGCACUACUCAGUAGCUUCCAUUUGAUGUUUAAGGGUUUUGUCAAGGCAUUUCAUGGUGGCUUACAUGAAACUACUUUUUGUCCUUAGACAUGCGCAAAGCACUAUCGCGUGACAAAGAAAAGAAGUCAGUGAUUCCAAUGAAAGAUCCUGUCAGACCUGAGGACAUUGAAUAAAAUUAAGGACCAACUGUUGGACCAGAGAAGGAACACAGUAUCGUAGAUCAACAUAUAAUUUCUCCUCACAGUACCAAGUGUAUUGUCAAUCAAGCGUGUCAUGAGAAUCCGUAACAUCCAUUAAACUUAAAAGAGAGAGGUUGCCGCACGAAUAUCGAUUUUUUUUCUCGUAAUUUUCAUAGCAUAUGUACAAUACCAAUAAAUAUUUCUGAUUACGAUUCCAACUCCAUUGCGGGUGAAAAUUAGCAUCUACGCUUUUUGAUUUGCAACCAUGUCAUUCUUCUUGUCAGAGAGCCAACAGUUGGUCCAAAAACAUAAUUCCAUUUUGUACAUAAAAGACCUCAGUGAAGUGAUGUACAUCGAUACUAUAACCAUACGAUGUGGAACAUUCUUACAAUAAACUAUUCAACGUAUG